AUGACGGUGGACACGUAUAAUAGAGACAAACUGGAAACUGGCCACGUUCAGCAAGAGGCAAGCGAAAAGAAGCAGUUUACGCCUCCCGAGGGUCUGGGCACCAAGGUUAGUGUCCGACUGUCCGUCUUGCCAUAUCUAUAUGUGACCGAGCUGCGCCAUGGGGUCACUGAUGGCCGCGUCACUCCAAGCAUCGUGUGUGAGUCCGCCUCGUCUGCGCUGGUGGAUGGGAAUAACGGUUUCGGCAGCGUUGUAGGAAACUUUUGCAUGGAUCUGGCCAUUGAGAAGGCUCGAAAAACGGGCAUAGCUUGUGUCUGUGCUAAAGCGUGUGGCGGAUCUCAAGCAAAAGGUUCCAAGUAUCCUACACGGAAAAUGAACUACCCGAGAAAAUCCGGAUUUAGCACAGAGCUGCAGUAUUCCCCAGCUCCAGCUCUCAACUCUGAAAGAUUGAGUCAAGGCUUCAGCUUCACUAAUGCCUUCCCAGGUGUCCUUGGAACACGUGCCAAGCAGGCCGCCUUUGGCACCAACCCAAUAGCUGUGGCAGCUCCAGGGAAGAAUGACGAUAAUUUUGAGUUGGACAUGGCCACCAGUGUAGUAGCCAGUGGUAAGGUUGAACUGGCUCACCUCAAGAAUGAGUCUAUCCCUUUGGGUUGGUUAAUGGAUGAAAAUGGGAAACUUACCUCAGAUCCAUCUGGCAUAACAGGAGAUGCCAUUCUGAUGCCCCUUGGAGGAACAGAGGAGCAUUCAGGUUACAAGGGCACUGGUCUGGGCAUGAUGGUGGAGGUCUUGUGUGGCAUUCUGUCGGGAGCAGAUUAUGCCCACAAGAUCCGUGACUGGAAAAUAUUUGACCGGCCAGCCAACCUGAGUCAUUGCUUCAUCGCCAUCAACCCGGCACUGUAUGCUCCGGGCUUUGAGGACCGCAUGAGUGACUUGAUAGAUUCCUGCCGCUCCAUGGAACCAGCUGAUCCCAGUAAGCCAGUGCUGGUGCCUGGGGACCCUGAGCGUUCCCACAGUAAGGCAGUGAGGGAUGAAGGAGCUAUCACCUAUCACCCCAACCAGGCCAAGCAGUGUUGGCAAACAGCCAAGCUGCUCAAUGUUGCUCCAAUGACCCCUGUGUGA